AUGUUCUGAAGACUGAAGCUGACCAGCUGACUAGGAGACUCCUUUCUUAGCGCGAGCAGCGCGAUCGUACGGUUUGACUUCCACGAUGUCGGGAUCCGGGUAUCGCGAUGAUCGGGAGCGCGGACGCGGUGGUGAACGGGAACGUAGCUAUGAUGACGGAAGGAACAGUAGUUGGGAUACAGGACGCGAGCGAGGCCGCGACGGACGACGUGAUCGCUACGACGAUGAAGUACGCAGCCAUGGAUACCGCGAUGGACCUCGCUGUGCGCCGGUGACCUGUUACGAAUGCGGCGAGCAAGGCCACUAUCGCAACCAGUGCCCGAGGCUUGCCGGCAAAUCUAGUGUACCACGAGGACGAUCGACCUCCCCAGGACACGUAACGAGGCUGGUCGCUAGACGAUCUUCCUCAGAGGAACCUGUGAUCCGCAAACAGCUGGAGGAGUUGACCUCAUCGAUCGCCAGUAUGAAGAACUUCAUUGAUGCUGAACAGACACGUAAAGAGAAGGAUGAGCGCCUGAAGAAGGAGGAAGCGAAGCGGGAGGCAGAACGUGUGGAGCAACUUAGGCGAGAAGCGGAGGAACAGCAAGUAAAGGAGCGACGCGCCAAGAAGAAGGAGGAGAAGAAGAGGAAGGAGAUUGAGGCCAGAGAAGCACUGCGCAAAGAGCUGCGUAUCGAGAUGAAUCAGUGGAUGGGCGCUAUGUGCGAAGGCGUACAUGAUCGCUUACUCCAUACGAUGAGAUCUGAAGACACGAAGGGUAAAGCAAAGUUAUCGGAAUACGCUUCCGAGGACUCCAACUACUCGGAUGACAGCGAGAUCGAAGCACUUAGUGAGCACACUACUCGACUCAACAUCAACGACAAACGUAAACGCGAACCUGAUCUAGGUGUGGGUGAUAGCCCACUUGUGGUGACGCCUGUAAAAAGGACGGCUAAGAGAGGAGUGUUGGAUCCGAAGAAGUUGUUGCUCAGUUGCCGACACCCACCUUUGAAGAAGCCAUCACCAAAGAGGAAGACGCCGGGGACAGGAUCCGCCACUCGACGCAGGAAGAUCCCUGCAUCCCCGGGCGUACUCGGGAAGCUGCGCUACGUUCAGGAGAACCUCCGCCAAUUGGGUGGUCUUAACAUGGAGGAGCUGAGAGCGAUUUGUCGAAGCGAGGAAGUCGCUUUCGAAAGAAAGAAGAUGGAUAUUCUAUUGGCGAUCACCGAGAAGCGAGCCUAUGUUGCGUACGGCACUAAUGAGGAGACCAGGGUGAGGAAUGCUACCGAAGAGGUGGUUGAGGAGACCCAGUUAGACGAUGCAUCCGAAGGAGACAAGGAGAGUGAGCUUAGGCGUUGGCAUCCGAAGGUCGGUCCUGAUAAGCGCUUCUUAUGCAAACUUUUCCGAAAUCCUCUACGUAAGGAUCUGCUCGGUAGCUGCAGUCUGGAAGCAUUGGUGCGCAUGAUGCGCUCUGCAAGCAUUUUCCAAAAGGCGGCUAGUACAGCUUACCUUCGUCGUCUCAUAUCUGGAUCUAUCAAGGAUUCGUACGGAUUUAGUAUUAACGCUAGGAUUAUUGUACGUUUGAAGUUCGAUGAUAGGGUCCGAAUGGUCGAAGUUAGGAAGUUGGCGAACGAUUUGAUCGAAGGUCUACCCUACCCUCGUGUAGGAGCUCAUGUGCUUUUCCGUCUCCAAGAACUGGAAGGGGUGAACCCCUUGAUCUGCAAUGCGCGCAACGUACCGAAGCUCUCACUACCUUACCGAGGCACACUUCUCGCACAGGAGAUUGUUGAUGGAAUUCAGUCGUGGGUGAACUUUCACGGUGCUACACCCACUGUCACCAGAGUCGAGGCCGACCGUUGCCUAAUCGAAACGGUAGAUGCAGGUUCUAAGUAUCUGGACCCGAAGGAAGUGGAGAAGGUACGUGGAACUUUGGAUGGGCUGGUGUUGACGCCCCUGGACAGGAACCCAGGCAAAACCCUGGUUCUGUGUCCACAAGUAUAUUUUGAGGGAAUGAUGAGUACAUUUGUGAUGGCGCCAGACUACGACAUUAUGGAGAAGAGUGAAGAGGACUUGCUACGGGCGAUGCGGGAGGAUGCUAGUAAAGCUGCUCUUUUAAACUUCGUAUGAUGGGAUAAGAAGGGGAAGCUCGGUGAAUCGUAUAUUCUGCCGAAGCACAAGGAUC